AUGGAGAUAGCUUUCACUGCACAUGAGAUUCUGGAGAGGAUAAGCUCGAAACGAGUUUGUGAAAUGGCCUUGAGAUGGAAUUUGCAAGGUCAGCUUGACCAAAUGCAGCAGCAUCUGAAGUCAGCAAUGCAAGAAACCUUCCAUGACCAGAACCAAGGGGUGGAGUUGCUAAGGGAUGCACUUUCUGAAGCUGAUAAGAUCUUUGAUGAACUUGAAGUUCACGCUUUGCAAAGCCAAAUACAGCCUCUUCAAAGACUUAAAUUAUCAAAGGUGAAAAUUUUCUUUUGUAGCUUAAAUUAUCAAAGGUCAAACACUUUGCAAAGCCAAAUACGAGUGCAGAUAGGUUCAAGAAUCAGAAGUUUGAACAGUAGAUUAACUGAACUUCAAAUUUAUUGGACACCUAACUUGCGUCUGUUAGGGCUUUCCAAUCAACAUGAGAGGGUUCUCAUGCACAGGCCAUAUCCAGUCCAACGUAUCGAUGUAUUUGGAAGGGAAAAUGAUAGAGAGAAAAUUGUGGAAGCCUUGCUGGGGUUGAGAAAUGAAUCAGCUAUAUCUGUUGUACCGGUGUUUGGAAUUGGAGGUAUUGGAAAGACUACUCUGGCAAAAAUGGUAUACAAUGAUGCCAGGGUAAUGAGGCAAUUCCAGCUGCGGAUAUGGGUGAAUGCAUCGCGUGUAUUUGAUGUGAACAAGCUAGUUGAGAAAGUUAUCAAAUCUGCCUCAGGAAAUGAAAUCACAGAUUUAAGGAAUCUGAAUGAGGCAGAAUUGCGGGCUGUGUUUUGCAAGGUUUUGCUCAAAAGGACUUAUUUACUUGUCUUAGAUGACCUUUGGAUUGACAACGAAGGACAGUGGAAUGAGUUAAAGAGUUUGUUAGCUGGUGGACAUGGAAAUAUGAUACUUGUGACUACACGUAGUGAAUCCGUAGCUUCGAUAACAGGCACAGUUCCUCCUUACAAUGUAGGCGGCCUCUUGGAUGACGAUUGUCUAGCUUUAUUCUUGAGAAAGGCUUCCGGGGAAGGUGAAGAGAUUCAAACCAAUCCUAAUCUUUUGAGAAUUGGUGCUGAAAUCACGAAGAAAUGUGAAGGCGUUCCGUUAGAUGCAGUUGUCUUGGGAAGUUCUCUGUACAAAGAGACGUCACUAUGUCAUUGGGAAUGGAUAAGGGAUCAUCGUAUAUGGGACUCAGGUAAUAACGCUAUCAGCACUUUGUCAGCAUUGAAAAUUAGCUAUGAAAAGUUGCCCUGUUACUUGAAAGUCUGUCUAGCUUAUAGCUCUGUUUUCCUGGAUUCCAACAUCCAGAUAGAUAAACUGAUUCAACUGUGGAUGGCACAAGGGUUAAUCCAUCCUUCAACUGGAUUCCACGAGCCUGAAGAAAUUGGCUUGCAGUAUUUCGAGGAGUUGAGGUCAAGGUCAUUUUUUCAGGAGAUGGAAGGAACUCAUCCCUUGUUUAUCUCGGUUUGCAAAAUGCAUGACCUAGUACAUUAUAUUGCGGAGUCAGUAGUGGAUGGCGAAUGCUCAACUAUAGUAUCUCAUUCCCAAAAUAUUUCCAAGUAUGUCAGACACAUUGCACUUUCUGAUUAUGAUCUCUCAGGAAAGGAGCUCCCGAGAUCCCUAUCAGAACAUAGUAUGCUGCGUACCAUCUUUUUUCCAGUCCAAGGAGUUGGUCCUACUAGCACAUCGUUUGUCGAAGCUUGCAUAUCAAGAUUCAAACAUUUACUGUUACUUGAUUUGAGUGACUCAUGCUUUGAGGUAUUGCCAAACUCCAUAGAGGAAUUGAAGCACUUAAAAUAUCUUGAUGUUAGUGCAAAUGGCUACAUUAGCUCACUACCCAAUGCGGUAUGCAAAUUGCAGAGCCUGCAAACUCUUCGAGUUGCUUAUUGCACAAAACUAGAAGUUUUACCUAGUUACACAGAGAACAUGAUCAACUUGAGGCAUUUGUACAUGACGACCAGACAAGAAGUUUUCUCUGACAAGGUAAUUGGAUGCUUGCGUGCUCUUCGAUCUCUAUACAUUUACAGCUGCAAGAAUCUCAUAUCUUUGUCUGAUGGACUGCAACAUCUAACUAGCCUCAGGACAUUGACUAUUGUGGAUUGCCCAAGGCUGACAUUUCUCCCAAGCAGUAUGAAGUACCUUACUGCUCUUAAAAGCUUAUCCAUUAUUGAUUGUGAAGAGCUAACUUUGUUGGAGUGGCAGGAUAUUGAAGGUAUUAAGAUGCUUAGAUCCCUCGUUAUUGGGGGGUUACCACAGUUAGAAUCGAAAGAUGUACAAUGCCUCAGGAGCCUUCAAUUAUUGGUUAUUUCUGGGAUGCCUCAUUUCAUUUCUUUGCCUCGGUGGCUAGAAGGUGCAGCUUGUACUUUACGACACUUGAGUGUCGACAGGUGUCCCAACUUCAUGUCUUUUCCUGAGUGGCUUAGAGAUCUCACAUCACUCGAAUCGAUUGAAGUUUCAGAAUGCCGUAAGCUAUCUUCCUUGCCUGAAGGAAUGCAUGGCCUGACUAACUUGAAAGUGCUGACUAUUGAUAGCUGCCCGAAAUUGAGUGAAGCAUGUCAAAGCAUGGAUAAAUCUAAGAUAGAUCAUAUCCCAAAGAUUAUUAUUGACAGUGUAUUCAUCAGAUGA